CGUAGGGUUUGUUGAGCGGCUGAGGCAACCGCCGUACACAGGGGGCUUCAGCGUUCUGUGGAGUACGCGGCACGUCGGGCCAUGAACUUGGGAGAUGGUUUAAAGCUUGAAACUGAAUUAUUGGAUGGAAAAACCAAGCUAAUAUUGUCUCCAUAUGAACAUAAAUCAAAAAUUUCUGUAAAGAUGGGAAAUAAGACCAAGAUUGCAAAAUGUCCUUUAAGAACUAAACAAACUGGAUACAUUCUAAAAUCAACACAAAAUACUUGUGUCAGGAAUGAAAAACUUUUGCAAAGGAAGAGAAUUGGUUCAGAAACUUCACUGGCAAAAGGUGAAAAAAAUAGUAUCACUUUUUCACCCACUAAGGAUUUAUGCAAGCAGUAUGCAGAUAAAGACUGUCUUCAUAUCCAAAAAGAGAUUUCAUCUGCAACCCCUAAUAUACAGAAAAAUAGAAGCCCUGUGGAUGCAUCUGUCGUAGCUAAACAGCAGCCUUGCAAAAAGCACAUCACAGCUUCAGGUAUGAAGAGCAGUUUCGUUUGUCUAACACAAGACCAACUACAACAGCUUUUGAUGACUAUAAACCAAGGAAAUAAAUCUGUGUCCCUGACUGAGAAUGGAAAGAAGGAAGAAACAAGUCAGUACAGUCUAAAUUUAAACAAUAUUCCUGAUCAGCCAAAGGAUGAGAACAUUAUGGGACUACUCCAAAAAACUGAGGCUGUUUCAUCUGUUCAGGAUGAAAAAAAAUCUGUUUUAAAUAAAAAUCAGGUGACGUCUAAUCAGUAUGAGCAGAAAAUUGCCACAGAGAAUGUAUUGAAACCAACAGAUAUAUUUAGUACCCUGGGAGAAAGAGAACGUGAUAGAAGUUUGUUGGAAGCAAAAAAAGCCCAGUGGAGGAAAGAGCUUGAUGAACAGGUUGCUUUAAAGAAGAAAGAAAAAGAAGCUUCUGAAAAAUGGAAUCAUUGGAAAAAAUUUGAAAGUGAUAAAAUAGGAUGGGAAAAACUUCAAAUUCUUGAUCAAUCUAAGACUUCUGCUGGCUCUUCUAGCAUUGUAUCACAGUCUCCCAGGCAGGUGAUGGUGGUCCAAGCUGAUGGGCACUCACUAUCUAGAGGUAGUCAGAUUUUAGAGGAAGCAGUACUGAUGGAGCACUCUUUCAGUGCUAUGAAGCAAGAACAGCAGAGAAAAUGGAUUGAAGAACUGAACAAGCAAAUAGAAGAUGACCAGCAAAAAAAAAUGGAAGAAAAAAUUAUAUCUUCAAAGGGUGAGGAACAUGACAGAUGGGCAAUGCAUUUUGAUUCAUUAAAGAGCUAUCCUGGUUCUCAGUCUCAGCUGUCUUCUCGGUCAACACACAAACAACCAGAGUACUUCUGUAUCUCUCCGGACACUCAGGAGUUGGCUGAUAUCAGCAGUCUUUGUACACCUACAACUGGAAGCCAGGUUGAACCUUCAGAGGAGGAACACAUAGCAAAACCUGUUACAGAUACGGCUGUGACAAACAGUCAAAAAACAAACUUUCUACGUUCUAUGACUGCUCUUUUGGACCCAGCUCAGAUUGAGGAACGAGACAGGCGGCGACAAAAACAGUUAGAACAUCAGAAAGCCAUCACUGCUCAGGUAGAAGAGAAGCGCAGGAAGAAACAGCUUGAAGAAGAGCAAAGAAAGAAGGAGGAUCAAGAGGAGGAGCGUCGCUUAGCAAGGGAACGAGAAGAGAUGCAGAGACAGUAUGAAGAAGAUAUACUUAAGCAAAAACAAAAGGAAGAAAUCAUGACUCUCAAGACAAACGAACUGUUCCAGAUGAUGCAGAGAGCGCAGGAGCUGGCACAGAGACUGAAACAAGAACAGAGAAUUCGAGAAUUGGCUCAGAAGGGACAUGACACUUCUAGAUUAAUUAAAAAUCUUGGCGUUGAUACAAUACAUAUGGAGUAUAAUGCAUCUGGCAACAUUUCAAAUUCAAGACAUGGCUUGGAUGAAGUCAGCAGUGAAAUGAAUACAUGGAUCAACUCUACAGCCUCUCCCAGGAAGGAUACUGGUGUGCAAACAGAUGACUUAAAUACGGAAAUAUUUACCAAUACAGAAUCAGAAUCCUGCUGUGAAUCAGUAAUAGAGAGGGACGUUAUAAAUUGUUCAUCUUCUGAGAUUCCUGCAGAAUUUAAUCAACAAUUUAACACUAAGAAAAACAAGCAGGAACAAGUAAGUCAGGAUAAAGGAGACAACUUAGAAAAAGAAAACAGUUGGUAUAAUGAUCAGUUCACAAGAACAGAGAGACAAACGAAACAUAUGAAGAAAUAUCCUAAAAGGCCUGAGUGGAAUAUAAAUAAGCCACUCAGAAGGUGUAUUCCAGCAUCAGAAAAAUAUCCUGAACAGCUUCAAAAGCAGAGAGAAGAAAAAAAAAUAAGGCGGCAGAUGGAACUGCUUCAUUUGGUGGAGAAAAAUAAUCCUGGACACCUCUCUCAAAAUAGAGGCACUUCCCCAGAAGUUCUUCAUUUAUCUCAUCAGGAAACUGAACCAAGGUUCAGGUGGCAUCUAGUCACAAAGGAAGAAGAGCCUCUGAGAAUUAAUUCUUUCAGCAAGGAAAGGUCUCGAUCACCACCAGUUCCGGCAGUGAAAAACAGAACGGAACAAACUCAGACACUAAAAAGCAGUAAUUGUGAAAGAGAGAAUCUGCUCUCAGGAAGUAGUCAAACGGAAUUAUCACCUGGGAUUUCUGAACCUUUCGAUUUUAUUCCCUAUGUCCGAACCAAUGAGAUCUAUUACCUUGAUCCAGAUGCACCAUUGUCUAGGCCUUUGACCCAAGAUACACACUACCACAAUCCACGUGACUGUGACCAAGAACAACAGCUAUUUGACUCUGACCAACUCAGGGACCCACUUCUUAAUCCUAACUUGGUGAAAAACAGGGAUCGACAGCAAGCAAUCCUUAAGGGACUAUCAGAACUGAGACAGGGCCUUCUCCAGAAGCAAAGGGAGUUGGAAACUAAUCUCAUGCCUUUAGCUGCAAAUCAAGAAGAAAGUUUUAGUUCUUCGUUUUAAAUGUAGAAAAUCUUCUAUAUGUCUUCCAAAUUAUAAAAUGUGGUUGUUGCUUAAGUGUAUCUUCCAAAUAGCCUAGAUUUAUUUUUAAACUGCUUACUUAAAACUUGUACAUUAUGUAGUAAAAUGCUAUGUAUGUAUAUAUAAUUUUUUAAACAAGAAAUGAGACACUUGUAAAAGCUAAAUAGUUAAAAAAAAAAAAUUUUCUGCUCUGGCACAAUCUGGGUAUUUAAGUCCUAUAAAAACACUUUCUACUUACCUUAACACAGGCUGGAGUUACAGACAACAUUCUUCCACAUUUUACAUGUAGCUUAUUAACUGAAAUAUCACUUAUGUGUUUUGUUCUAUAAAAAGAUUUUAAACGGUAGAACUCAUCCAAGUUCUUUUGAGGCUCCAAAGGAAGGUCUGACAUCCCAACUUUACUGAAAAUAGGCCAGAUUCAGUUUAGGUUUGUGUGGAAAUUUGACUUUUCAAACAAGUUUCUACUAGUAAUGGAGAGGCGGUUAUUAGCAAAUAGAUGUCGGUUUAAAAUUUUAUCUCCACCGUGUACUUAUCUGCAAAUUUAAAAAUUAGUUUUAGUUGUGCACUAAAGUGCUUACCACCUGAAAAAUAUACUUGUUUUUCUAACAAACAAUUUAAAAAUCUAUAGCGAAGUGUUUUCAAAUUGUUUAAUGCCUUUAAUAAACAGAAGCUGACCUUUUGAAAUAUGAAACAAUUUGGUUAAGUGAAAUCAAAGCCCACACAAGCACUAAAAAUUGUAAUUAUCAAAUACUCCCAAAUAAAAGGUUGACCAAAAUUUUUAGCUAUGGGCAAUUUUUACAUAGUUAAUUCUAAAGAUAAAAAAUUAUGCUGCCUGGUAAGUCCUAAGUCCAUAGUUUUAUCAUCUAAAUGAAGCUACACUGUUCAGUAAAUCUUGAGGUAUUGAGCCAAAAGCCUGUAAAUACUUAACAUCACUGGCUUAUACCUGUGUUAAAAACACUAUAUAAAAGCUUAAAAUAAAUACAAUAGAUGAUACAUCAUUUCAGCAAAAGUAGUUGGGAUCCUCUGACAUUAGAUGAAGAAAAAAAGUAAAACCAUUACUAUUCACUGUCCUUUUGCAAAUACCUAUUUUAUAUUAUAAAACCUCAAUUUGAAGCCAAGGUACAGGCGACAUAUAAAUGGAAAACUUAAAAGUGCCAACAUGAGAUAAUUCAAGUACAAUAUAUGUUAAAAAUAUAUAUAUUUAUUUCAAUUUUCAGAUGCUUAAACUGUUACAGGCCAUCAUGAUUUAAAUAAGAGGGACAAAAACAUUUGAGAAAGGAAAAGAAACCUUUUGUUUGUUUAGCGAAUGAAAUAUAAAUUGUUAAUUCAGUUUUAAGAAACAGAGAAAAGUCCGUAACAACCUAUUUCUUAAAAAAAAGUUAUUUCUCUUUUGAAAAUGGCCUGGAAGAAUCACUUUUCCACCAGCUUACGGGAGAUGGAGGUUUAUCUCUAUCCGAGCUUUGAGUAUAAGCAGAUAAAAAGUGAUUUUCACUUUCUUGAGACUGACUUGAUGAGAGGGCAUAUGGUGUCCCCAAAAAUGUUUGAUGAGUGAGAACAUUAAAAUGACUAAACUGAUGGGACAUAUUUAAUUGACUGUGAUAAACCUGAAAGUUGCUAUAUGACUCUUGUUCAGCUGAAUUGCUGUUCUCUCCUUCAGAGCGUUCUAUAUCAAUAGAAGCUCUCUCUUGAGAAUCAAUUUGGUAAGUCUUAUCUUCUAAUAAACUUUUUUGCAAGUCAAGAGACGAUUGCAACUCAAUUUGAAUAUUCUGUUUUUGAUCUGUUCCACUUGAUCCUUUGGUUUCUGUCGCCAAUAUUUCUGAAUGAAAAUUGCUGCAUACUUCUAUUUGUGAGAUUUCAUCCCCUGAAUCCAGAGACAUAUCCUCUUCAUCCUUUUCAUCGUUUUCUAAAAGAGCUACAUUUAAAAAACAAAAAGUCCUCCUCUAUUGAAAUACACAAUUUGUUUAAGUUUUAAAAUUAUACACUACUCACACAAUAUAAUGAAUGCGUCAGGGUCAGCAAGUCCACAAUCCCUUAAAGCUUGGUCUUCUGCCACAAGUUCACUUAGUCACAACACUCACACUAGGUGUGAAUGUCCGGAUAAUCCGAUGCUAAAAGCUUCUGCGAAAUGUGUUCACGUUUAAUGUUGGGAAAUCCCAACUCCCAGCUCCAAAGGGGUUAAUGUCAAAACAGCAUCUAAAGUUAUACGGUAAUUCAGUAUUUGACAAGACAAAUACAAAAUAAAAAUUUUGACAUCUAGCUUCAUUGGAUUACUACGAAACUGGUUAGCUCUAUCAAAUGUCGAUCAUCUCUGCUUUUCUCAGAAACAAAAAUAAGUACACCUUUCAUUUUUCAUAAAACCUGGAACCAAAGCAGAGGCCAUCUCACAAAGGGCUAAAGCUAUGGGUAUCUCUACUACCUUAUAAUUAAAUCGCUUUAUAUGUCUGGGGAGAUUUAAUGGCCCAGUGCUAAAUCCCCGUAUCUGGUUCUCCUUUUUCAUAUAUAACCCCUUUGCUCACAACAGCAGCCGAUAAAGCUUACAUACCUUCAAAGAGGAAAUGCCCAUCUAUCGCGUGCAGUCUGCAGUUAACUCUAACAACUCAUACUGACUACAGUAUAAUAAAUGAGUAGAUUCUGUGUAUGCUAAGUAAAAGAAUGAUGAAUACCUUAAAACAUUUCCCCUGAGGCUGUUUACACUGAGGUGAGUACCUUCAAAAUAGGAAUUUUUUAAAGAAAUCAUAGCAAAACCAUUCUUUUUCUGUCUGCCUUAAAGAAAAUGAAAACUACUGAAAAGUUACCUGACUGUGACUGUGACUCAAGAGUCUCAUUAGCACCAAGCAAUGGAAGGUUUUCUUCUGUGACUGAGUUGUGAUAGCCCACAAGAUUUUUAAAGUUUUGCAUAAAGUCUUCAGCAGUUGCGACCACUAUCCCAUUAUCAGUAUAACUGGAAAGCACCUUGAUACUCUUUUCUAGAUUAAAAAAAAAAGUUUUAUACUCAACACUUGAAAAUAUAAAAUGAUGCCUGCCCCCAGCCCUCACAAAACCCUUUCUUCCACAUUUUCAGAACCGUGGCUUAAUACCCAACAUAGUCCCACAAAAUCUUUUUACCCACAUUCCUAUGUUCAUAGCAAAAAGCUUAAGAGCACCCUCUUUACCUGUUAAAAAGACUAUGUGUCGUUGCUGUAUGUUCUGAGCCUGAAGUCUGAUAAGGCAGUCCAAUUCUGGAGCAUUUCGAGUUUGUGAAUCACAAUUGUGGUAUGACAAAAUUUCAACCAGGUGUUUCUUCUGAUAGACAUUCAGAAGUGUCAACAGACUUAGAGCUUUAGCAUUCAAUCUGUGAAAUUAAGUAGUUCAAUAUCUGGAUCUGCAUUUCUGAUAUUUAGUAUGGAAGUUUUCACUUAAAAUUGAAACCAUAAUUUCUCAAUUGAGGCAACUAAUGACAACUGCAAUGCUUAUUAGCUCACUGUCUGACGUAGAGGUGCUUCUUAGGAGAGGGAGAACAGGAACUGUGCAACCCACGUGUAAUGCAGGGGCUCUCUGGGUGCUAAGCCUCAGGGCCAGCUAUUCAGGUUAGACUAAAAUCUCAACCAGCCAUUUUCCUUAUUCUCUUCAGCUUUACUAAUUUACAACUGUAGUGAAAGGCAUAUACGGACAAAAAAGCCUUUUCUUCAAAAAAUACGUGGUUCUAACUUAUUUCUGUACCUUCAGGCACAAGGCAACGUGUGGUAGAAAUUACUGGCUACUAUCAGGAAGAUGAAGGUACUAAUUUGUACAAGUUAUUCCUUUGGGCCUCAGGACUGCUGUCUCUUAUAUAAAGAUAAGACUUGCCCAAUGCCUGUUUCACAUGCUUUGAAGCUAAAACAAGUUUUUUAAAAAUGAAAUCUAUAGGGGGGCAGGGUGUAGCUCAGUGGUAGAGUGCAUGCAUGAGGUCCUGGGUUCAAUCACCAGUACCUCCAUUAAAAAAAUGAAUGAGUGAAUGAACCUAAUCACCCACUCCCCAAAUGAAAUACUAUAAAAAGUUAAAUACUUAUAAUUAUUUAAGCCCUAAUUAUGUGCCAUGGGAUAUCAAUAGGUAUUAGUUUAGAAAAUGCUGGCUCACAAAAUGUAAAACAACUCUUGGCUACAGAGUUUCUCAUAUCCUUUAAAUGUAAAUAAGUACUUUGUAUGGACUCUAGUAGGAUAUAUUAUCCCAAACUCAUCUGAAUCCAAUAAUCACUUGCAGAGCCUCUAAAUGUAACGAGUGCUCUAAGAAUCACUCGGAGAAGUGACUUCUGGGCAUGGUAGAAAUCAGUUAUAUAAAUGACUAUCCUAAUUACAGAUCCCCUUAUUAUGUCAAGAUUAAUCCUUAUCUCACAUGUUUGAUGUUACUAAAUUAACAAUUGGGAGAGGACCUGAUCUAGCUGACAUACACACAGUUCUGUAAGAAAGAAUGCUGAUUAUCCCAUUUUGAUGAUUAUUCUAAACCCAAGUGGCAAAGAUCAAACCUAUUUUAUCUAUAUAACUUAACUAGAACUUCAGCAAACCUCUACCUGAACAGGAGCACCACUUUCAAACAGGCUAGAAUAAUUCACUAUCUAAAACGUUCCCUUUACAGCUGGCUAAGGACAUCUGUGAAAACUACGUAGCAUCUAUAAUCUACAAACAUCCAGAAAAAGAGAACAAUUUUGUGAGCAUAAUGUUAAAAUCAACAACCCUUAUAUAGUUAUUUUUCAAACCUUACCUGCCCAGUUCCUUUAGCUUUUUCUGAAAUUUACAGUGGACUUUCCAUUGCCAUUUUCCUUCCGGAGUACUAAGUUCUUCGAGGAAUGUCAAAAAAUUUUUAAGGUUCUCUGUUAGAGACAAAGAAGUUCAUUUUUUAAUUCAGUAAAUAAGUCACUCCACAACUAAGCUGUGGAAGAAGAUUUUGUUGAUAUUAUUAUGUAGGAACACCUACUUUCCUAUGUAGUAGUAUUUUCUUUCUCUUUUUUUCUCCUCUAAUGGAGACAGAUCUGUAUACCCUCUUUCAGAUCUAACAUAACAUCUACACGUAAAAAAUAAAAAAGCGUCAAUAAUAACAAGCCUGAAGUAAUCCAAGUGCAUUAGGUGCAGAGAGCCUUGCUUUAUACCAGAUUUAGGGGAAGUUAUUCAUAAAGAGUAAGAGAAUGGGAAAGAAACCUGAGAUAAUAAAAGCUCACAAAAAUGGUGGAAAUGUACUAGUUAUCUGUGACUGGCAGAACGGACAAUACAUUAAAAAGUACGAGUGAGUCACUAAUAAGAAAAACCUAGAGAAGACAGAAGUCGCAUGCUUAAGAGAAUAAAUAAAUCUUACCAAUUGUGAUAACUUCUGGAUUUAGAAUGGAUUCAUCAGAAACAAUAAAGCCUCCAGAUACAAAUAAUUCAUUGUAUGUAUGAUUUUUAACAUCAUCCAGACUAUCAACACCAGCAAAACUAACACAAGGGAGCUUCUUUAAUGUCACCAAGCCAGGUACCUAUUUAAAUACAAAAAAAAAAAAAAAAAAGAA